AAGUGCGGGGACUGGACGGAGGGUCUGUCCUGGCGGACGCCCGAGGCAGGAGGACGGACGAGCCCGGCGGAGGAAGAAAGCGCCGACCGAGAGGAGAGGAGGGGCCUCGCGGAGCAGCCCUGCCCACCUCAGGCGCGACCUCCGCGGGAGGAGGAGGCGGGAAGAAACUCCCGGCCGCCCCGGGGCUGCGGAAAUGCCGCCCGCAAACGGGAUGAGGCGGAGCCGAAGGGAGAUGCCCGGAGGGAGAAGCCGGGAGAAGGAGGGAAAGGCGGAAAUUAGUGGAGCCGCUGAGACGCUCCCUGAGUGCGGAGAGUCCUUCAGCACAGACGGAAAACGCGGGAAUCCCCGAGGAAGAAGAACCCGCCAGGGAGAAAAGAAACACCAAUGCACAGAAUGUGAAAAAUCCUUCAAAACAAAUCUGAAGCUUCAAGACCAUCUGAGGACCCACUCAGGAGAAAAACCAUAUCAGUGCCAGGAAUGUGGAAAGAGCUUCAGUGUGAGGGGAAAUCUUUGUAGACAUCAAAUAAUUCACACCGGAGAAAAUCCAUAUCAGUGCCAGGAAUGUGGAAAGAGCUUCAGUGUGAGGGGAAAUCUUUGUAGACAUCAAAGAAUUCACACUGGAGUAAAACCCUAUCAAUGUGUGGAAUGUGGAAAGAGCUUUGGUCAUAAGAGCAGUCUUUAUAUACAUCAAAGAAUCCACUCAGGAGAAAAAUCUUACAGAUGCCUGGAAUGUGGGAAGAGCUUCAAUGUGAAGGGAAGUUUUGAUAAUCAUCAAAGAAUUCACACUGGAGAAAAACCCUACAAAUGCAUGGAGUGUGGAAAGAGCUUUACUCAGGGUGGACACCUCCGUCAACAUCAAAGAAUUCACAAUGGAGAAAAACCCUACAAAUGCAUGGAGUGUGGAAAGAGCUUUACUCAGGAUGGACACUUCCGUCAACAUAAAAUAAUUCACACCGGAGAAAAACCUUAUAAAUGUUUGGAAUGUGAAAAGAGCUUUAAUCAGAUAGACAGUCUUUAUAGACAUCAAAGAACCCAUUCAAGAGAAAAAUCUUACAAGUGCCUGGAGUGUGGAAAGAGCUUUACUCAUGGUGGACACCUCCGUCAACAUCAAAGAAUUCACACUGGAGAAAAACCCUACAAAUGCAUGGAGUGUGGAAAAAGCUUUACUCAGGAUGGACACUUCCGUCAACAUAAAAUAAUUCACACCGGAGAAAAACCUUAUAAAUGUUUGGAAUGUGAAAAGAGCUUCAAUCAGAUAGACAGUCUUUAUAGACAUCAAAGAGCCCAUUCAAGAGAAAAAUCUUACAAGUGCCUGGAGUGUGGAAAGAGCUUUGCUCAGGAUGCACACCUCCGUCAACAUGAAAGAAUUCAUACCAGAGAAAAACCCUACAAAUGUCUGGAAUGUGGAAAAAGCUUCAGUGUGAGGGGAAAUCUUUACAGACAUCAAAGAAUGCACUCAGGAGAAAAACCCUACAGAUGCCUGGUGUGUGGAAAGACCUUUACUCAGCUUGGAAACCUCCAUCAUCAUCAAAGAAUUCACACUGGAGAAAAACCCUACAAAUGCCUGGAAUGUGGAAGGAGCUUUACUCGAGAUGGACACCUCCGUCAACAUCAAAGAAUUCACACAAGAGAAAAACCAUAUAAAUGUCUCGAGUGUGGAAAGAGCUUCCCUAACAGGAGAAAUCUUUAUAAACAUCAAAUAAUUCACACCGGAGAAAAUCCAUAUCAGUGCCAGGAAUGUGGAAAGAGCUUCAGUGUGAGGGGAAAUCUUUGUAGACAUCAAAGAAUUCACACUGGAGUAAAACCCUAUCAAUGUGUGGAAUGUGGAAAGAGCUUUGGUCAUAAGAGCAGUCUUUAUAUACAUCAAAGAAUCCACUCAGGAGAAAAAUCUUACAGAUGCCUGGAAUGUGGGAAGUGCUUCAAUGAGAGGGGAGGUCUUUUUAGACAUCAAAGAAUUCACACUGGAGAAAAACUCUACAAAUGCAUGGAGUGUGGAAAGAGCUUUACUCAGGGUGGACACCUCCGUCGACAUCAAAGAAUUCACACCGGAGAAAAACCUUAUAAAUGUUUGGAAUGUGAAAAGAGCUUUGCUCAGGAUGGACACCUCCGUCAACAUAAAAGAAUUCACACCGGAGAAAAACCUUAUAAAUGUUUGGAAUGUGAAAAGAGCUUCAAUCAGAUGGACAGUCUUUAUAGACAUCAAAGAACCCAUUCAGGAGAAAAAUCUUACAAAUGCCUAGAGUGUGGGAAGAGCUUCAACGUGAGUAGAAAUUUUUAUAAUCAUCAAAGAACCCACUCAGGAGAAAAACCAUACAAAUGUCUGGAGUGUGGAAAGAGCUUUACUCAUGAUGGAUCCCUCCAUCAACAUCAAAGAAUUCACACUGGAGAAAAACCUUACAAAUGCCUGGAGUGUGGAAAGAGUUUUACUCAGGGGGUACACCUCAGUCAACAUCAAAGAAUUCACUUAGGAGAAAAACCCUACAAAUGUCUGGAGUGUGGAAAGUGCUUUACUCAGAUUGGACAUCUCAGUCAACAUCAAAGAAUCCACACAGGAGAAAAACCUUACAAAUGCAUGGAGUGUGGAAAGGGCUUUACUCGUGUUGGAUCCCUCCAUCAACAUCAAAGAAUUCACACAGGAGAAAAACCUUACAAAUGCAUGGAGUGUGGAAAGAGCUUUACUGAGGUUGCAACCCUCCAUAAACAUCAAAGAAUUCACACAGGAGAAAAACCCUACAAAUGCUUGGAGUGUGGAAGGAGCUUCAAUCGGAAGCACAUUCUUAAUAUUCAUCAAAGAAUUCACACUGGAGAAAAACCGUAUCAAUGUCUGGAGUGUGGAAAGAGCUUCAGUGUGAGGGGAAAUCUUUAUAAACAUCAAAGAAUUCACAUGGGAGAAAAACCCUACAAAUGCAUGGAGUGUGUAAAGAGCUUUGCUCAGGAUGCACACCUCCGUCAACAUGAAAGAAUUCAUACCAGAGAAAAACCCUACAAAUGUCUGGAGUGUGGAAAAAGCUUCAGUGUGAGGGGAAAUCUUUACAGACAUCAAAGAAUACACUCAGGAGAAAAACCCUUCAAAUGCCUAGAGUGCGGAAAGAGCUUCAAUGUGAAGGGAAAUUUUAAUAAUCAUCAAAGAAUUCAUACUGGAGAAAAACCCUACAGAUGCCUGGUGUGUGGAAAGACCUUUACUCAGCUUGGAAACCUCCAUCAUCAUCAAAGAAUUCACACUGGAGAAAAACCCUACAAAUGCCUAGAGUGUGGAAGGAGCUUUACUCAGGAUGGACACCUCCGUCAACAUCAAAGAAUUCACACAAGAGAAAAACCAUAUAAAUGUCUUGAGUGUGGAAACAGCUUCCCUAACAGGAGAAAUCUUUAUAAACAUCAAAGAAACCAUUCAAAUAGUUAAGAAACUUAAAUACUUGGGAAUAUACUGAACAGUAAGAUGCGCAAUGAUAAAAGAAGAUAAUUAAAUAAAACUUCUUAAGCAAAUUAAAUUAAAUUUGGAAAAACAAAAAAAUCUACAUCAAAGUUGGGAAGGAUUGCUACAGUAAAAAUGAAUAUCCUAUCAAAAUUGCUUUUCCUGUUCCAAAUAGCACCUCUACAAAUUGGAAAGAAAUUCUUUGAUAAUUUGAAUAAAUUGAUUUUGAAAUUUAUUUGGCAAGGAAGAAAAGGGAGAAUAAAAUGGAAAAUUUUACAAGAAUCUAAAGAAAAUGGAGGGUUUGGACUAUCAGAUUGGUUCUUAUAUUACCAAGAAUGAGUGAUAACAUGUCUAAAAGUAUAGAUAACCAUCUCAAAUUGUAUGUGUCAACAUGAGCAAGGACUGUAUCAUCAACUCAAAUAUUCCAGGGUACAGAAACUUCUGAAACAUUUUAGUGUUCUUUCCAUAACUAGUCAGUAAAUAGUAACCACAAUUAACAUUGGUUCAGUUUUACUAUUCUUGUACGGUUGUUAAAGAAAAGGAAGAUUU